UCGGUACGUGUUUUCGCAUAGUAAACUCGUCCAAAGUACUUAUUUGUAUUGUAUAACAUCAGCCUUGUGCACAGGCAGUGACGUACACAUGCAUGACACAAGUUAAUGUGUUCACACGGAUAAUUUCUCAGUGAGGCUACAGAGCACACCUAAAACCAUAUGAUAGGUAUGGUAACAUCGAUUCUACUUGCUGCUAUUAUUGCAGCUACAUGUUUGGGAGAUGGAUGGAUGGGGCAUGCCUGUGACAACAUCAACGACAUCGCCGACUGCAACGACAACCUGACAAUGAACUACUUCUAUGCUGGCAGUAACGCUUCAAGACUUUGUGAUGCAGCAGUGACGUUUAUUCGGUGUGUGGACGCCUACCCGUUAUCCUGCAGGAAGAAUCAGCAUUUCUUUUCCGGGAUCCGCCAUCUCAACACGAAAGUCACCAUCGAUGACUGCCCAGCUUUGCUUGAGGAGGAGGUCCCUGUCAACACAACAGAGACAGUAACAACAGUGUCUCCGUGCACGUGUUCAGCUACUACAACACGAUGGUCUUACGCCAGUCUGAUAUUGUUAGUUGUGCUGUUAACAAUGAGUUAAUAUUUCCGUCUUUGUUUCAACUCGAUGUCAUAAUAAGCAUGUGUUUCGUCAUGUAUUAUACAUGGAGCGGUUGGGUAGCCUAGUGGUUAAAGCGCUCGCUCGUCACGCCGAAGACCCUGGUUCGAUCUCCGACCUGGGUACAAUGUGUGAAGCCCAUUUCUCGUGUCCCCCGCCUUAAUAUUGCUGGAAUAUUGCUAAAAGCGGCGUAAAACCACACUCACUCACAUUAAAAAUGCAGGAGUUCAUCGUGUUCUAUCGUCUUGAAGUAUAUGUCAAAUUCUUUCUUUCGGGAGGUACACUUUACCAAGUCUAAGGUGCCACAGUGUCCUCGACAAGCGUGUCGAUGACCGCAGCUUCGAUUCUUGGUUUAUCAGACCGUUAUCGUGCCGUUGUUUUCGCCAAAUUCGUAAACGCCUUGCAUGCAUCUCCUUUGGGCUUUCCUUCCAUAUUUUGUGUUUCUUUGUAGUUUAUCGACGCACCCAGCGGUAUUCCAGCUAUUUGACAGCGGCAUGUUAAUAUUCGAAUCUGGACCAGUUAAUCCAAUGAUUGAUAUUGUGAGCGUACCCAAGGGACGCUACUCUGCGUAGCGAAUGACGGCGCCUUAGAAACUUGUCCCCGCUUUACUUAUUAAGUUAAGACUCUGUGAAAUUGUACAAUAUUGUAUAUAGGUACGUAUAAGUCACAUGCCGCUUGCACCAUCUUGAAUACAGUUCCAGAUAUAGAUGAAAUAUAGUAUCCAAAUUAUGCUACAUGGCUCAGAAUGUUUUACAAUGUGUAACCACUCAGUAUAUCCUUGGUUUGGUAUCUCAUCACUUCGUAAAAGUCUUCGAUAACAAUGCCAUAAUUGUGGUGGUACGUUGCCCUGUUCGCAUCACAUAGGUAACAACUCCGGCGAAGUUAAGCAACGCUGGUGGCGGAGUGUAGUUGGAUGGAUGACCAUGUUUGGGAAUCCUGACUCCUGAGAGUCUUUGGGGAUUCGGUCCUGCCCCUCACGAAAAGGCAUGCUACAUGUGGUGUCUCCUUAGGCAUGGGCAAGUGACUUUGUUAGAGAUAUGCCUUUUACAGCUGCUGGUAGAUGAAGACAACUCCAGCCAUAAAAAAAUGUUCCUAAAAUGCGGUAUUACUCAAGCUGUGGUAAUGUACAUGAUUUUAUAAGGAUGUACAUGUCACUGAGUUCGACUUCAUGGGAUGGCAAAGGCAAACACGCAUAUUCAGAUAGGAACAGCUUGAGGAUAAGUAUUUAGAUAAACACCACUAUGAAUGACGUCCUGCCUGACUAAUACAGUAACCCUUUAUUACCCGGGUGAAAAAUGAAUAAAGAAAGUUUUACUGCCUCAGGUCAAAUUUAUCUGUAUGUUUGAGACACAUAUACAUGUAGCUGACGGUUUAAAAUCGUAAACUAAUAAUUGUAUCGGAUUAAAAUUCAUUCGAAGUCUUCUGUAAUUUCAUUGGGUCAUAUUCGCCGAUUGAGUCAUGGCGGCUCAACUGGAGACCUACCGCGUGAACGUGAUGAAGAAACACCCAUCCUCUGUCCUGUGAUGAUGGAGUAACCUCCAUGUCCAAAGGACCAAACAAGUUAUGUACAGGUAUUUCCUAAGGAGAGGGUGUCCAAGUUUUUAAUUGUCUGUUGUCUGUAUUCUCAAAGGUUUCUGAAUGUGCUGAUGUGGUCAUAAUGAUUGAACUUGUUGUAAUAGGCUGAUCUGAAUGUAUUCAUAUUAAGUAGGUCCGGCACGUGAUAGAUGCGGUUGAGAUAGGUCGACUGACCGCAGCAGAGACGGUGAGAGUUGAGUUUCUUUGCAUCUGAGAAUGAAAUGUUAUUUUGGUACUAGUUUUACAAUUUCUGACUGCCUUUGUCACUCAGGGCAAGACUUAAAGGAGGCAACAUGACUGGCGUCACAGUUUACACAUGUGAUAUAUUUUUGCCAAUGUGAAUGUUCACGGUUCUCACCAUAACGAUGACACACCAUGAAGCUAUGACACACCACGAAGCUAUGACACACCACGAAGCUAUGACACACCACGAAGCUAUGUCACACCACGAAGCUAUGACACACCACGAAGCUAUGACAUGAUUCAGAACCGUGUCCAAAUUUCUGACAUGUGUAACAUCGGAGUGCAUUGGCGGACAUACACCUCCUUGAAAUAACCAACCUUCAUGGACUAUGAGACUGACAAAAGUUUAGACAUAAGUAUUGGUGUUGUGGAUAAUACCCCUUUUUCGGUGAAACGUUUGACAGAUGUUACACCUUGGUCCACUAGCUCAGCUUGAAUCUCCUGUUCAGACAUGUCGGAUAGGCAACGAGCUCGGUCUCGAACAAUGCCCCGACAUGAGUUAAUUGUCCUGUGCG